UUUUCCUUUGGCACAGCUGGAAAUGCAUUGUGUCCGUGUGAAUAACGUCGGCUGGUGGUUGUGGUGUUGAACGAUUCGUUAUUAGAAUCUAAUAUUUAUGGGGGAAGCUUGCGGUGCCUACAUCUAAAGUGAACGUAAAAAAAACUUGGUUAAGCCCAUAGCAGCAGUAUUUAAAAAAAACAUGGAUUCCGCUGUCUUGGGUCUUCUGGCAUCAACCAUAAAUUGUGCAGUCGCCUCCUGUUGAGUGACUUUGCAUUCGUGUUUGUUACUGAUGAAUGUCAAUAAAUCACAAAAAAAAACAAUAUAACAUUUUAAAAUUCUUUCAGUGUUGGAAACAAGUAUUUGCAUUGGCUAAUCAAAAAUAGCCAACGAUUUCCUUCGAAUAUAUAGUAAAUUUAUUCAAAAACACAGCGCAUUAUGGACACCACAUGGCCUUUUGAUCGGGUUCCGAAAAGAUCUCAGAUUUGAUAUUUGUGAUGUAUAAAUGGACUUUCCAUGCAAAUGCAAUCUUUGUUUAUUGAUGUCAUAAGACACUAAUGGAUGUGAUACUUAAUCAAAUUAAUCAAAAGCAGGAUCCAGUAGCCGGUCGAAAUGAAAACAAAAUUAGAUUUUUUCUCAUCUUUGAUCUGUGAGGAUAAUUAUUUUCUUCCUGCCGUUUACAGCCUAGUAAAUUUAAGUUUUAAAAGUUUACCUCAGCGAAUUGCCUCAUCUAAACCAUUAGAAUCUCGCAUGUCAGGUCUGCUUAUUAUUAAAAGUUUGAUGUUGCUGGAAUUUACUAGAAACUGAUUAUUUAAGUAGAUAACCAAAAUGACAUUUGGGCGUGCACUUAAAGAUGGCCGACCUGCACUAUGUGCAACUGUGAAUUUUAUUAUGUAAACACGACCUAAAUUGCUUUUGAAACAGCAUAAUCCACCUAGUGCAAUGGUAGUCGCAACUUCUAGUUCCGCAGGACUCUUCAAAGUAGAGAUAGGAGAUACUUUUUAUUCGUCUUUGCGAGUUACCCAGAUAAGAAAUAAUUCGUUGCCUUUUCUCUUUUUUCGUUUUUUCACCUUAAUGGCAGGAAAAAUGGAAGCCUCUUGGAAAGGGACCACGAGGUGUUCGACGGAAAACGUAAGCGAAUUUAUUCGGAUUUUAGACGAUAGCGAGGAUUAUUGUGACAUUUAUUUCGUACAAAGCCAGGAAGACAACUCCCAACAGAGAAGGCUACUGUCAACAGUCAGGGGUAGGUUGAGGCAGGUAGCGGCCUCGCUCCAGGCGGCGGUUAGAUUCAGGCGGUUCUCCAAAAAGCGAGCAGCGCCACCCGAAUGGUUCGUCGACAAGAGCCACCAGGACGAAGGAGCCGAUGAAGAGGAGAGUCAUCAAAGGUCGUGCUGGGGCUACCAGGUGGUUUUCGAUCCCUCCAAACGGGCUCACUACACCUGGUUAAUGGUGGUCUCUCUGGCGGUCCUCUACAAUCUGAUAUUUGUCCUCGGAAGAGCCGUGUUCUGGGAACUCAACAACGCGGUGCCAUCCCUCUGGUGGUCACUGGAUUACGUCUGUGAUGUCAUUUAUAUAUUAGAUACUCUUGUACAUGCACACGAAGGUUAUUUGGAACAAGGACUCCUUGUCAAAGACCCCAAAAAGCUACGCGCCCACUACUUUCAGUCGAAGUCGUGGAAAACUGACAUUCUGGCCGUGCUGCCGACAGACGUUUCGUACUUGUGGUGGCCCCCGUACGAAUGCCAGAUCAAAGUGCCGUGUUCGGUUAUAGUGAGACUGAAUCGUCUGUUCAAACUUCCCCGUUUGUUGGAGUGGUUCGAGAGGACAGAAACGGACACAAAUUAUCCGAACGUGUUUCGAAUAUGCAAAGUGGUGCUCGCCAUUUUGGUACUGAUACACUGGAACGCUUGUCUGUAUUUCGCGAUCAGCUACGCGAUAGGCUUCGGUACUGACAAUUGGGUGUACAAUCUCGACGGGCCUAAGAAUUCGACAUUGGCACGGCAAUACAUCUACAGUUUUUAUUGGUCCACGCUGACCUUGACGACCAUAGGCGAAACGCCGGUACCUGAGAACGACGCGGAGUAUUUGUUCGUCGUCGCUGACUUUUUGGCUGGAGUUUUGAUCUUUGCCACCAUCGUAGGUAACAUUGGUUCCAUGAUUUCGAACAUGAACGUGGCACGAGUGGACUUCCAGAACCGAAUGGACGGCGUGAAACAGUACAUGGCGUUUAGAAAAGUGGGCAGGGAGCUGGAAGCCCGCGUCAUAAGGUGGUUCGCGUACACGUGGGCCGAGAGUGGAGCUCUCGACGAGGAGAGAGUCUUGUCGGCUCUUCCCGACAAGCUCAAAGCCGAAAUAGCGAUCCGGGUGCACUUGGACACCUUGAGGAAAGUGCGGAUAUUUCAGGACUGCGAGCCCGGACUCUUGGAAGCUUUGGUGCUGAAAUUGAGGUUGCAGGUGUUUUCCCCCGGGGACUAUAUUUGUCGAAAAGGAGACGUAGGGAAAGAGAUGUAUAUAGUGAAAAGGGGACGUCUUCAAGUCGUAGCCGACGAUGGUACCACCGUGCUGGCGACAUUGGGCGCUGGGUCCGUUUUUGGCGAGGUCAGCGUCUUGGAUAUCGCGGGCAACAGGACGGGAAACAGACGGACUGCCAAUGUUCGCUCGCUGGGUUAUUCGGACCUGUUUUGUUUGGCUAAAGACGAUCUACUGGUCGCGCUAGCCGACUAUCCAGAGGCCAGAGCGACGUUAAUUGAACGCGGAUGCCAACUACUGCGUAAGGACGGCCUGCUCGACGAGGACGUCUUCAAGAGGGCGAAGGAGACGCAAAAUUCCAUGGCCGACAGUAUUAAGAAGUUGGAGAACACGGUGGAGAUUUUGCAAAACAGGCUCGCGAGGCUCUUGGCCGAGUACACCGCCGGUCAGGCUAAGCUGAAGCAACGGCUGAGUAGAAUGGAGAAUAGGAGCGAAAAAGACGGCGAAAACAUAUCGGAGAAUCUGGCGGUGCCGACGACACCGAGAAGGCGACUGAAGUCUUUGGAAACGAGAAGAGAAACCGUCGGGUCCAGUGCCAGACACAGAACAAUAUGAAACUACGACCAAUAUAUUACAUUUUCGAUUUUAUUUUCGAAAACGAUCCCUUGUUACGGUGGCAAACCCAGAAGGAGAGGCUUCGCGAAUUUAAGUCUUUUAGUAACCAAGAACCACUGACUAAACAAAUAAUUAACAACUCUACGUUCGCUUGUAUUUACCCUCUUUUAAUAAAAAAAAAGCAAAGUCGGAGAGUCAAUAAAAGUCCCAAAAGUAGUCCAUCUCUCAAAGUGGAAUUGCAAAAUCAAAAACCCUCUUACUGGAACGCCCGAUACAAUGUUUAACACGCACAAUCAAUCAUUUCGAAACAAAGCAACUAUAGAGCUUAUUCUAUUAGACUCUGAUUAAACUCCAGCUUCGACAGCGUCACUUUGAUAUCGUCCCUUUCUCGUCUGUCGAAUGUUAUUUCCCUUCCAUGGGGUCCUGGCGCGGUAAUCUCUUCUUGAAACACUGUUGCACUUGUUUCCCAUUAGAUUGAUGUGUUCUUGUGAAAAUUUUAGAGCUUUGAUGAGAAAAGAACCUAGGCUAUGAAGAAGUUUACAAUAGAUCCUCUGGUGACUGGCAGUACAAUAUUCUCCCGCCUUGAAUCUGAUAUUGUCUUGUUUGCUCACGAAAAUCGUGCUCUUUAACAAUUUAAAAUUCAACUCAACUUCGAGAAGAGGAAUGAUCCAAUUGGUAAAAAUGACAAAGGGGUAAAAGUAUUCAGUAACCUUUAUUUUCCUUUAUGCUGGCAAUUCAGGAGGAAGUCAAGGUUGUUUUUUUCUUUUAAUAAAAACUUUAAUUUAAAAAAAAAUCCUAUAACAUCACGGUCACAAUGGGCAUGAAAACUGUAAUCUUUUACGUGAAGCGACCUGUAUGUUUGUGUUAAUGCUGAAAGAUAACAAAAUUUGCUCAAGGAUGAUGAUUUGUCUUUUCGUUUUCGAAGCAAUCAACAAAUGAAAUUUUAAUGAAUUUGUUUAUCGGAAUUAUAUGAAGAACGUGCAAAAAAAUCAAAUCCCAUUGGCAAGAACUGAAAAAAUUCAAACUUCAAUAAUAUUCGGAUUAAUUACGGUCACACAAUAAAAUUAAAAAGAACCUAUGAACCGUUAAUAUUUUAUUUAGUUUUGGUCAGUUUUGGUUAGGUUUGGGUGGUUUACGCAAUGUUUUGCCUUACUUAUUAAAUUAGAGGUUUAGUGGUGUCAUAUUUUGGAAAAAAAAAGAAAAAUAAUUAAUAUUUCAAUAGCCAGUCUAUAUAAGUAUUAAAACUAAUCAAGAAGUAGGCAGUGAAUCUAGAAAUAUAAUAAUAUGGGGUGUGCAUUCUAAGAUUACAAUUGGCAAUGUUGCAUCGUUCAGAACCUAAGUAUCGGAUUUUUAAAAAAUCAAAACAUUAAGAUUUGCACUCUCUUUGAGAAUGGACUGUCUCUUUCGGCAUCAUUAACCUAUACCUAUAUGAACCUCUGGGUGCACUACUGAAACUGCCAACGAGUAGGAACGAUGGAUUUUACAUUUUAAUCAUAGCUCUAGGUUAACAAAGUUACUAGAGGAGCGAACGGUUAAUGUUAAGCAGUUAUUGAGUGAAAUUUCCUUCGUACGAGUAAAAAUUUUAUGAAAAUUUGACUGCACUAACGAAAAAGGUAUUGCUGAUACAGGUCUAAUUUAACAUGACCGAGGGUAUGCUAAAACUAGGUGAAAUUAAAGUUGUAUAACAGGAAAACCGAAACUCAAAGCGAACUUGGUGAACGAUCUCUAAUUCAAAAUGGGACGUUUAUAUAGGUGUCAUCAUACAAAUAGGAAAGUGCAUUCAAGUUUUCAAUGAAAUCCACGUCAAUUUUCAAAGUCAAAAUUACAUUUCGCAGUCAAAAUAUAUUAUUAACAUCAUCAACCAUCAAUCUAUUACCAAGGUUGGAUAUUUUUGUAUAGUGGCACUAAACAUAGGUAAUUAGAUGACCAAGCAACUUUGUGUCUAAAGCUCGAGUUAUAGCAACUCUUCACAAAAUUGCCGAUAAUUUUAUUUCGGAUAUCCGUAUAGAUAGUGUUUCAAUCAGCUGAUGCAAAAUUUCCGACCUGGUUCUAAUUUAACUGGUCUUAAACUGACAUUCAGGUGAUCAAGAUGUAGAAAAAUCAAUAGAAGGAAGAUAUAUGCUAUAUUAUUUUUUUAUCAUUUUCAUCAUUCCGGUCGUACUAUUACAUUUUAACAAUGAGACCAAAAGUGUAAAAACUAAGUAUAGUAGGACAACCUAUAUAUCGAACUUAUUAUUAUUCAUGAGGACAGGAACGGACUCGUUACCGAUCUACCAGUAUUUACCUGUACUUAAAUAGAUAUUAAAAAAAGCGAAAAAUUUGAUUUAUCAGCGUUUUUGAAAUCACGUGAAGACGUUCUGUAGAUGAUUUUAAUGUAUCAACCAAUUGCUUUUUGGUAUAGUUUUCCUCUGUGUCUUUUUCCAUCAUAUAAUUCUCAAUAAUCAUUUUUGUGUCAGUAGUCAUUGGUAUCAAGAUUUCUCGUGGUACAUUUGGUAACAAUUUGUAUUGUACAGUCUUCAAAUAGUUCUGAUGUUGUGACCAAAGCGUUUAGCAUAAAUAAUGUUUUCCUAGCAGUGUGAGUUAUUGCUAUGGUACUUUAUUUAUCAGAACUUUAGAUGUACGUUGACCGGAUGAGCCUAACCAACCUUAAUUUGGAACAUCGUGGGUGUCAUACCCUGUUUCCUUCCUCUCUUGCCUAUAUCCUUGAAUUGAAAUUAUAUCAACUCAUAAUCCCUUGCCACUAAACAAUUUUCUUCAUUUUAAACCCGCUUAUCAAAAGAAAAUUUCGGAGAGUCUCACGACCACUGCUGAUUCCUGUAUCAUUAUGUCGGCAUCACUUGCGUCAAGUUUUAUGGAAGUAAAUGAGACUUUUCUUUUUCUUCUCUCUGAUAAGGGUUUAUGUACCCACACUGUGCCCACUUGCCUCUUGUCAAAGCAGCCGCGUUUUUCAUUGCUCCGAAUUAUGAAAAUCCACGUUCAGAACAGUGUAGACGUCAAAUAUUAUCAAUUAUUUCCUGACGGGAUUGACAUGGCCCGUAACUCCACUUGAAGAGACCAAACUUCUUUAUAAGUAGCAGGUAUAUAUAUAUAUAUAUAUAUAUAUAUA